CGCUUUUCUGGCUUGUUUUUGUUUCCAUUCACUCUGAAAACCAACACAAACCUAGUUCAAAGACAAGAUUUCAAACAGACAACAAAACAACCAAACGAGAUGGGUUUACUCGGAUUUGCCGUCUCGCCGGCGUUCGCGGCUGUUGCUGUGAUUUCGUUCGUAGUGUACAAGCUGGCCAAGGCCAGGAUUACUGUUCAGCCGGCACCUCUCACGCCGGUUGUUCCAGCAAUGAGGUCAAAAUGGGCUGCCAAGCACGUUCCGAUCGCCGCUAACAGCACACCGGAUGCCAUUCCUGCGUCAGACGCCACUGUGGCUGACGUGAUUAUUGUCGGUGCUGGUAUUCUUGGUUGCGCCAUGGCUGCCACCUUGGCAAAGGAUGGUCGCAAGGUCACGCUGAUUGAACGCGACCUGUCCGAGCCCGAUCGCAUUGUCGGCGAGCUUCUACAGCCAGGUGGCGUAGCUGCCCUGCGGCAACUGGGCCUUGAAAAUUGUUUGGAAGGGAUUGAUUCCGUUGUCGAGAACGGCUACUUUGUCCACUAUCAUGGGCAAGCCGUGCAGCUCACCUACCCGUUGGACGAAUCCGGCAAGACGCGGGCUGGUCGGUCGUUCCACCACGGACGCUUCAUUAUGAAGUUGCGCGAAGCUGCUCGUCGAGAAUCAAAUGUUACCAUCAUCGAAGGCACCGUGGGCACCCUGCUGCGCGCCCAAGACGCCGAUUCCACCGUUAUUGGCGUCGAGUACCAGUCUAAAAAGACUUCCGAGACGCUGACUGUUCGCGCACCUCUGACCAUCGUGGCCGACGGGUGCUUCUCCAAGUUUCGCAAAGACCUUGUUGCCAACGAGGUGGAAGUCCGCUCGCACUUUGUCGGUCUUGUCCUCAAAAACUGCCCUAUGCUCCAAUACAACUUUGCGGAGGUUGUCCUGGCUCGCCCGUCUCCUAUUCUCUUCUAUCAGAUUGGAUCGAACGAAACUCGCGUCCUUGUUGACGUUCGGCCACCCGUGCCCAGCAAUGGAAACGGUGAUUUGAAGAACCACCUCAUCAACCAUGUUGCCCCUCAAUUGCCAACGCAUUUCCGUGCCGCUUUCCUUGAAGCCUGCGAAAAGGAUCGAAUUCGAACAAUGCCAAACAGUUACUUGCCGGCAGCUCCGUUGAAGCGAAAGGGCGUCCUUUUGCUUGGCGAUGCUCUGAACAUGCGUCAUCCGUUGACUGGAGGCGGCAUGACUGUUGCUUUCUCGGACGUCUGCCUCUGGCGCGAGCUUCUUCGCGCAGUCCCCGAUCUGGGCGAUCACAGCACCGUUCUGAAACAGUUGACACGAUUCCACUGGCAUCGCAAGCAAUCCCACUCCUUUGUAGUGAAUGUGCUUGCCCAGGCGCUCUACGCUCUGUUCUCGGCUGCUGACGAGCACCUGGAGAGUCUUCGUGAGGCCUGCUUCCAAUAUUUCAUGUUGGGCGGCGAAUGCGCAGCUGGCCCGGUUUCCUUGUUAUCCGUCACCAACCCACGGCCAACGCUGCUGGUCUACCAUUUUUUCGCCGUUGCCGUGUACGCCAUGUACAACAUUGGACGCACCACUCCAAUUUACAAGCCUUACCAAGGCAUGUAUCGAUCAAUGAUGGCACUGCGGGCCGCAUGCCACGUGAUUGGGCCGCUCAUUCUCAACGAACUGCGCGCCCUGAGUCGUUAAAGUUAUCUCUGGAGUUAGUUUUGUGUCUAGUACGUGUUCUCAGCAGGUUACUCGGGUUACUGAGGCUUCAGGACUUGCGUUGUGUAGUAAAGUAACGUU